UCUUCCCCCGCCCGGGCCGGCCCGGGGCUCAUGCGGGCCGAGCCCCGCCCCCCGCCCGUCGCCUGAGCCCGCGCCCGCCCGCACCAUGCUCAAGUGCAUCCCGCUGUGGCGCUGCAACCGGCACGUGGAGUCGGUGGACAAGCGGCACUGCUCGCUGCAGGCCGUGCCCGAGGAGAUCUACCGCUACAGCCGCAGCCUGGAGGAGCUACUCCUCGACGCCAACCAGCUGCGUGAGCUGCCCAAGCCCUUCUUUCGGCUGCUGAACCUGCGCAAGCUGGGCCUGAGUGACAACGAGAUCCAGCGCUUGCCCCCCGAGGUGGCCAACUUCAUGCAACUGGUGGAGCUGGACGUGUCUCGGAACGACAUCCCUGAGAUCCCCGAGAGCAUCAAGUUCUGUAAAGCUCUGGAGAUUGCAGACUUCAGUGGAAAUCCUUUGUCCAGGCUCCCUGAAGGUUUCACUCAGCUGCGCAGCCUGGCUCAUCUGGCCCUGAAUGAUGUGUCCUUGCAGGCGCUGCCUGGGGAUGUGGGCAAUCUCGCCAACCUGGUGACCCUGGAGCUCCGGGAGAAUCUGCUCAAGUCCUUGCCUGCGUCCUUGUCUUUCCUGGUCAAGCUGGAACAGCUGGAUCUGGGAGGCAACGAUCUGGAAGUGCUGCCCGACACCCUGGGGGCCCUGCCCAACCUGCGUGAGCUGUGGCUGGACCGGAACCAGCUGUCGGCCCUGCCCCCGGAACUUGGGAAUCUGCGGCGCCUGGUGUGCCUGGAUGUGUCAGAGAACCGGCUGGAGGAGCUGCCUGUGGAACUCGGGGGGCUGGUGCUGCUCACCGACCUGCUGCUUUCCCAGAACUUGCUGCAGCGGCUUCCUGACGGCAUUGGUCAGCUGAAGCAGUUGUCCAUCUUGAAGGUAGACCAGAAUCGCCUCUGCGAGGUGACGGAGGCCAUUGGGGACUGUGAGAACUUGUCAGAGCUGGUCCUCACGGAGAACCUGCUGACGGCCCUGCCCCGCUCCUUGGGGAAGCUGAGCAAGCUGACCAACCUCAACGUGGACCGGAACCGCCUGGAGGCCCUGCCGCCUGAGAUUGGGGGCUGCGUGGCCCUCAGCGUCCUCUCUCUGAGGGACAACCGCCUGGUUGUCCUGCCGCCGGAGCUUGCCCGCACGGCCGAGCUGCAUGUGCUGGACGUGGCCGGCAACCGCCUGCAGAGUCUGCCGUUUGCACUCACUCACCUCAACCUGAAGGCCCUGUGGCUGGCAGAGAACCAGGCGCAGCCCAUGCUUCGGUUCCAGACUGAGGACGAUGCCCAGACCGGCGAGAAGGUGCUCACCUGCUACCUGCUGCCCCAGCAGCCCCCACCCAGCCUUGAGGACCCGGAGCCGGAGCCGCGGAGCAGCCCUUCGGAGAGCUGGAGUGAUGCCCCGCUCAGCCGCGUCAGCGUCAUCCAGUUCCUGGAGGCCCCUGCGGUCGACGAAGACGCAGAGGAAGCCGCUGCCGAGAAACGGGGGCUGCAGCGUCGGGCUACGCCUCACCCCAGCGAGCUCAAGGUGAUGAAGAGGGGUGUGGAGCGCCGAAGCGAAGCUGUGUCCUGCAGGCCCGACUCCGCACAGCGCUCACCCUCACCCCCACCCUCGGAGGAGGAGAAGAGGCUGAGCACCGAGUCUGGCCUGAGUGCGGACUCGCACCUGUCUGCCAGCACGGCCUCCCAGGGUGAGCCCGAGGGCCCGCUGGCUGAGGUGGAGGGGCCGAGCCAGCAGGAAUCCACGCCAACAUCCCAGGAGGAGGUCACAGAGGAGAUCUACGAGGAGCCCACAGUGCGCUUCGCGGAGGACACGCUGCUCCUGCCCAGGGAGGACGGCGAGAGCGAGGAGGGGCAGCUGGAGGCCCCCUGGCCCGUGCCGGGUGAGCGACAGCGGCUCAUCCGCAAGGACACGCCCCACUACAAGAAGCACUUCAAGAUCUCCAAGCUGCCCCAGCCCGAGGCCGUGGUGGCCCUGCUGCAGGGGACACAGCCAGACAGCGAGGGCCCAGGAGGGUCUGGGGGCUGGCACAACGGCCCCCACGUGCCCUGGGCUCCUCGAGCCGAGGAGGAGGAGGACGAGGAGGAAGCCGAGGAGGAGGAGGAAGCGGCGGCAGGAGCCGAGGAGGCGGGCGAGAAGGAGGAGGAGAGGGAGGAGGCUGUGGCCUCUGCACCCUCUGUCAAGGGGGUGUCGUUUGACCAGGCCAAUAACCUGCUGAUAGAGCCCGCUCGCAUUGAGGAAGAAGAGCUGGCGCUCACCAUCGUGCGGCAGACGGCGGGGGGCCUGGGCAUCAGCAUCGCGGGCGGCAAGGGCUCCACCCCCUACAAGGGUGACGACGAGGGCAUAUUCAUCUCCCGGGUAUCUGAGGAGGGCCCUGCGGCUCAGGCUGGGGUCCGAGUAGGUGACAAGCUCCUCGAGGUGAACGGCGUGGCCUUGCAGGACGCCGAGCACCAGCAGGCCGUGGAGGCUCUGCGUGGGGCGGGCACCACGGUGCACAUGCGGCUAUGGCGGGAGCGUAUGGUGGAGCCCGAGAACGCGGUCACCGUCACGCCUCUGCGGCCUGAGGACGACUACAGCCCCCGAGAGCGGUGGGGAGGCGGCCCGCGCCCGCUCCAGCACCAGCCCGAGGCCCCCGGGCCCCUCCGCCAGCGCCAUGUGGCCUGCCUCGUGCGCAGCGAGAAGGGGUUGGGCUUCAGCAUCGCCGGGGGGAAAGGCUCCACACCUUACCGGGCUGGAGACCCGGGUAUCUUCAUCUCCCGCAUCGCUGAGGGGGGCGCCGCCCACCGGGCAGGCACCCUGCAGGUCGGCGAUCGCGUCCUCUCCAUCAACGGGGUGGACAUGACGGAAGCCAGGCACGACCACGCAGUCUCCCUGCUGACCGCUGCCUCUCCCACCAUCGCCCUGCUGCUGGAACGGGAGGCCGGGGGGCCACUUUCCCCCGGUCCUCCGCCACACUCCCCCCCACCCCCUGCUGCUACCACCACCACCGUGGCCACUGCCACCCCUGGGCAGCCCGGGCCGCUAAGGCUGGCCCCCAGCCUGCUGGCCGCUGCGCUGGAGGGGCCGUACCCAGUGGAGGAGAUCUGUCUGCCGCGAGCUGGGGGCCCCUUGGGGCUCAGCAUUGUUGGGGGCUCCGACCACUCCAGCCACCCAUUUGGCGUCCAGGAGCCCGGCGUGUUCAUCUCUAAGGUGCUCCCCCGGGGCCUGGCUGCACGCAGCGGCCUGCGGGUUGGGGACCGCAUCCUGGGAGUGAAUGGGCAGGAUGUGCGGGACGCCACCCACCAGGAAGCGGUCAGCGCCCUGCUCCGGCCCUGCCUGGAGCUGGUCCUGCUCGUGCGGAGGGACCCACCGCCCCCGGGCAUGCGGGAGCUCUGUAUCCAGAAGGCCCCUGGAGAGAAGCUGGGCAUCAGCAUCCGUGGGGGUGCCAAGGGCCACGCAGGGAACCCCUGUGACCCCACGGACGAGGGCAUUUUCAUCUCCAAGGUGAGCCCCACAGGAGCGGCCGGGCGAGAUGGCCGCCUGCGGGUGGGGCUGCGGCUGCUGGAGGUGAACCAGCAGAGCUUGCUGGGCCUGACGCACGGCGAAGCCGUGCAGCUGCUACGUAGCGUGGGCGACACCCUGACUGUGCUUGUCUGUGACGGCUUCGACACCAGCACUCCCGAGGUGUCCCCAGGCAUCAUCGCCAACCCCUUUGCGGCGGGCAUUGGCCGCCGGAACAGCCUGGAAAGCAUCUCCUCCAUCGACCGGGAGCUGAGCCCCGAGGGCCCCGGCAAGGAGAAGGACCUGCCUGGACAGACCCCACAGUGGGGGUCGGAGGCCGUGCGUUGGAGCCUGGAGAGCCGGAAGCUGGACUGCCGUGCCCUGGCCGCCGCACCCAGCGCCGGCAGCGUGCCGGGCGUACCGUCUGGGGCAAGCGGCGCGAAGAUGGCCGAGGCCCCCUGUUCCCCUGGCCACCAGCAGCCCCCCUCCCCGCCCUCCCCUGACGAGCUGCCCGCCAACGUGAAGCAGGCAUAUAGGACCUUCGCUGCCGUGCCCGGCCUGCACCCGCCCCUGGAGGCCCCUGCCCAGCCCCCCACGCCUGGGCCCACGGCCUCCCCGGAGCAGCUGUCCUUCCGCGAGCGGCAGAAGUACUUCGAGCUGGAGGUGCGGGUGCCCCAGACCGGGGGCCCCCCUAAGCGCGUGUCGCUGGUGGGUGCCGACGACCUGCGGAAGAUGCAGGAGGAGGAAGCCCGAAAGCUGCAACAGAAGAGGACGCAGAUGCUGCGCGAGGCGGCGGGGGACGCGGCGGACGCGGGGCGCCCGGAAGGCGAGGCCGCGGAGGACGAGGAGCCCGAGGAGGAGCCGCCCUGGGCCGGCCGGGGCCCCGCCGGAGGGCUUGGCCCCGCGUCCCCCCCGCCGCAGGGAGGCGGCGCUCCGGUGCGGACGGCUAAGGCCGAGCGGCGUCACCAGGAGCGGCUGCGCGUGCAGAGCCCGGAGCUGCCGGCGCCUGAGCGGACCCUGUCCCCGGCGGAGCGCCGCGCCCUGGAGGCCGAGAAGCGCGCGCUGUGGAGGGCGGCCAGGAUGAAGUCUCUGGAACAGGACGCUCUCCGCGCACAGAUGGUCCUCAGCAAGUCUCAGGAGGGCCGAAGCAAGCGGGGGCCUCUGGAGCGCCUGGCCGAGGCCCCCUCGCCCGCACCCACCCCGUCACCCACCCCCUUGGAAGACCUCAGCCUCCAGACCAGCACCUCCCCGGGACGCUUGGCCUUGUCUGGGAGGAAGUUUGACUACAGGGUGUUUGCAGCCCUCCCCUCUUCCAGACCUGUCUAUGACAUGCAGUCCCCGGAUUGCGCUGAGGAGUUGAGGUCCUUGGAGCCAUCGCCGAGCCCUGGUAUGCCAGAGGAGGAUGGAGAGGUGGCCAUGGUGCUUCUGGGCAGGCCUUCUCCAGGCGCCGUGGGCCCCGAGGAGGUGGCCCUGUGCAGCAGCCGCCGCGCCGUGCGGCCAGGGCGCCGGGGCCUGGGCCCGGUGCCCUCCUAGAGGGUCAGGGUACCUCCCCCGACUUGGGGUGGGGGUCCCGCCAGCUCCAACACCACCCUUGUCUCGAGUCUUUUAACCCGGCCAUUAGCAUUUUACAGAGGUCCCCUCAGGAGUUCUGGCCGCGCUAACUGCCCCCUCCCCAGCCGGGCCCUCCUGGCGAGACUGUAACUAGUGAUGUUUGUACAACCAAAGAUUCUAUUUUGUGGUUUAAGGAGAAUAAAAUUGACUACGUUUUACCUCUAGUCUGUCUGUCUGUCCACCCGCCGGCA